CAGGAUUCUAACAUUCCAUAGUAAGUUCUUCCAGAGUGUUCUACUCACAGUUGGCUGUAGCUUCAGCUGCAGGAAUCUUGAGAUCCAGCACCUGAGACUAUGCAAAACCAGGAAGGCACCCCUUGGGAGGAGCCUCCCGCCUACAUGGAUGAUGACAGCGAGGAAGACUCUGACGACUAUUUCAGUGAUGACAGCUGUGACUUGACCUCCGUGAAGAUCACCGGCUGGGAGUCGCUUUCCCUUGUGUGCUUGCAAAACGUGUUCAGGUUUCUUCCUGACCGUGAUCGCAGGAGUGCUGCCCUGGUUUGUCGUCACUGGCGCUAUGUCAUGAGCUCACCCUCUCUCUGGCGCACCCGCGUCUUCCACUUCACUGGUCGCAUUUCCAAGUACAGGCCGUCUGAACACCGUCGUGCCGUGGGCUAUGUCACCUACCUGGGAUGCUACCUGGAAAGGCUGGAGGUGUCUGUGUUUCCUCCACAUACGUCCUUGGUGGCACAGCGUCUGGAGAAUGUCAUCAGCGAGAUGUUUGCCGCACUUGUCAGUGUAAAGGCCCCACUGCGUCACCUGUCCCUUAAAGGUGUGGAGUUAGAGCGACACUCCUGGACUCCAAAGUUCAGAUACUCUCUGGUGAAAAGCUUGGUUUGCUUCCUCAAAAGAGGAGCCUCAAAGCUCACCACUCUCAGUCUGAACGGGAUGCGAAGCAACACUAUACAGGGUACGGAGCUGCUUUCUGCCUUCUCAGCUUGUCAGAGGCGCCUCCGUCCUUGGAGCACUCUGGCUUCUUUGGACAUCCAGGGUUUCUUCUCUACUAGUGCGAAUAUGAAUCGCGUGACCUCCGGAGUGACCGCAAUGCUGUGUGACCUGCGAAACCUCACCAGCCUGAGCCUGAGUUACUCCUGCCUGUCAGACGAGGUGCUGACCAUUCUCCAGCAAAGUCACAGAGGAGGGAGGUGGACCUCUGAUAGAGAUGGGAAAGCGUUGCAAACCCUCUCAUUGCACUGCUCUCUGAACGAGCCUCACGAACAGAUGGUGAGCGGCAGAUUAUGGGCAACUCUGGCAUCAAGCUGCGCAGACCUGAGAGUCAGGCUCUCUGUGGACCGAAUCAUUAACAAAGACUGCCUCGCACGGAUACUGCUCCCUGAGAUUCCCGUGGAAAAGUACAGCAUGACAGCUUUCUUUUCCCCCGAUGAAGACUGGAGCGUCAAACCCGUCCUCUGUGACAUGCUGCCUCAGUACAGAAGCAGUCUGCAGCACCUGACUCUGGACCUGAGCAACAUCAGUGAAUCCCUGGAUGAGGAGCUGCUGGAGCUGGUUAAGGUGUGUGUGCGUCUGGAGCGGCUGAAACUCGGGGCCUUCUUGAAUAUCGGCACAGUGGGAAGGCUACUGCACAUCAGACUGACUCAAAGGACCUCGCUCAACAAGAUCAGGUUGAGAAUUUAUGCACAAAGUGACAACGCCAAAGAGCUCGCAGACCAGCUGGAAGAAACACUGUCUUCCCACCAGCAUCUCCCUCCUGAGCUGAGUCUUUAUGCCACUGUCCACACCUUUGUAUGAACCUGAGCAGUCUAUAUCAAAAAGGAAAAAAAAAUAAAUGAAUGAAGCAUGCAA